AUGUUCGAGUGGGUCUACGGCAACAACAACAACAACAAUAAAAAGGAAGAUCAUCAACACGAUUGUUGUAUCAGCAUACCUGAAUAUGGAAAAGAGGAUGAUGCUUAUUCUUCCUUUUACAAAAACAACAACAACAGCUGUGGCAGCACCAUUAACCGGUAUGGUCCGCUUGGAUCGACUCUCUCUUCAGCUGCAAGUACGACGAGUACCGUUAAAGCCGAUAGCGGAUCGCAUGUACAAGUGUUUCUAGUAAAGUUUGCAAAAACACUCGUGGCUGCGGGUGCUCCUUCACAUCGAUUGGACCAUUGUGUCCAAUUACUGAUGCAAAAGCUCAAUAUCAGGGCUCAGAUUGGUUACGUACCGGGCUACUUGAUCGUUUCCUUUGGUGAUCCAGAAUCUCUUGGAUCCGCUGCUCAGCUUGUCACUGUCACUACAGGGCUGGACUUGAGUCGCUUUUGCCGCACCUAUAGAUUAUUCGAAUCCGUUCUUUGCGACGAUAUCACCAUACGAGAAGCCACACUGGCACUAGACCAUAUUGCUCAGGGCCCUUGCUUAUACCCAUGGUGGUUGACUUGGAUCGGAUACGGCCUUGCAUCAAGUGCAAGCAUGCCACUGUUUUUUGCAGGAGGAUUUGUGGACAUGGCAUUCGGGUUCUGGUGGGGCAUCGUGGUUGCUGGCGGGGUCGUCCACUUGUCAGCCAGAGUCACUCGAUUCGCCAGUAUAUUUGACGUGGUCAUGAGCGCUCUCAUUGGGUUCUUGUCCGCCGCCGUUGCGUCCCGGUUGUCCAUUUCGUGUUUCUAUGCACUAUCGAUUGGCGGCGUUGUCAUGCUAUUGCCAGGCUAUGCUACACUCACAGCCUUGCUGGAAAUUGGGAGUGGCGCUGUUGCAUCAGGCACGCUUAAAUUGACCACUACGCUUGUCUAUUCGUUAUUGAUUGGAUUCGGUUUGGCUAUUGGCGCUAGCACCCAUCAACUCAUUUUCCCGUCACUUGCACUCGUCUCUUCGGACGAUAUCUGUGAAAGCAACGCUUUGUCAUCGCGCUUAUAUGAUAUCCUGUUUGUGCCCGUGUUUGCAGCUGGUCAAUUGAUAAUCCUUAGAGCACGGUGGAACAAGUACCCCAUUAUGCUCCUAUUGGCUGCUGUAUCCCAUUCGUUGCAUCGCGUCUGUCUGAGUCACUUUGUCGUGUAUCCGCAUGUUGCAACCGUCCUCGCUUCUUUGGCCGUCGCCCUCGUUUCCAAUCUGUAUGCACGACUCACAUCCACCGUUGGGUUUGUCGAUAUGCUGAUGGGCUUGUUGUUCUUGGUACCUGGCUCCGUGGGCGUUUCGUCGUCCCUCGACACCUUUGGCCAAGCACUACAAACCUCAGACCCCAUGACUGAAAUGUCCAUCAUUUUGAAUGCAGGACAACAAGGCCUUAUCUUUUCUUCGCAUAUGAUGGUCAUUGCUGUAUCGGUAUCGGUCGGCCUUGUUUUGGCAGCUAUACUGCUGUAUCCUGUACGGAAAGUGUUGGAUUGCAAAAGGAAAAAGUCACCAUAUCAUACAAAAGACUGGGUUGGCGAUAUCACCUUUUAA